UCCAACUGUCGCUGCAGUUUUACGGCACUUCUCGACCCUUUCCGGCAUAAACACAUGGACGUCCUGCGCGUAGCUGCGAGAACAUGAGAGGUCAAAAGUUAUGAUCCUAAUUUGCGAACUAACCGGAACAUAACACUGAGAAAUGGCCAGCUCCAUGGUGGCGGUGGGACUGGCGCUGGCAGCAGCUGGCUUUGCAGGUCGCUACGCCAUGCAGGCCAUGAAGCAGAUGGAGCCACAGGUGAAGAUCGCCCUCCAGAAUUUUCCCAAGACGGCCUUUGGAGGAGGCUACUACCGAGGCGGAUUUGAACCAAAGAUGACAAAGAGAGAAGCUGCUCUUAUUUUAGGUGUCAGUCCCACAGCCAACAAAACUAAGAUCAGAGAAGCCCACAGGAAACUGAUGAUCCUGAACCAUCCAGACAGAGGUGGUUCUCCGUACAUGGCUGCAAAAAUAAACGAAGCAAAGGACCUGAUGGAUGGCCAGGCCAAGAAACAGAGCUGAAGAUUUCAUGCUGGUUUUAUUUUUAUUGAGACGAGGAAGCACUUGAUUCAUUUUUCUUUUCUAAUUCUUCCCAAAUAAAAUCAAAUGACUUUACAAACAUCACU